AUGGUGGCCGUUAAGGAACGAUUGAGUUCUCUCAAAGAUCGUGCAACUCAAGGCCCGAAAAUGAGUAGUACUGGUGAAGUGAAGAAUUUGAAGAUUUAUGUGGAAUCUGACAAAGUUAAAAACCGUCACUCUCUUAACAAUGCUACCAAGGAGCAGUAUCCACUCACUGCUGAUGCAAAGAAAAUCAUCAAGAAAUCAGGGAUAAGCAAAAGCAAGCCAGUGACAGAAAAUGCAGGUAGAAAAGUUUUAGGUGAUAUUGGCAAUGUGAGGAGGAGCACAUUUUCAAAGACUGAAAAGACAAAAAGCUCCUGGUCAGGGAGGGGAAAAACCGAUGCAAUGCUGUGUCCACGAAGGAAGGGCAAAAGUGAACAGAUGGUGUUUCAAGAGAGAGAUGCAGUGGAUAUGGGCAACAUGGAACCUAGUACAUCAGACAAACAAUCAAGGGAUAACACAAGAUUUCACCACAUUCAUGUUACAGAUGACAACCAAACUCUAAGGAAGACUGUCAGAAAAAGCAUUAAACCUCCUCAUGAAUUGAGGACCAAAUUUCAAGGCCGUAGCUCUGCAGCUGCUUCUGGCAGGAAAUCCGCUGGAAUUCCUCUCCAUCUGACAAGAAAAUCUUUACCAGCACUAAACAAGGCCAUCCGGGUGGAAACAAGUGGCACAGCAAAGGAUAACUCUGAGAAGUCAGAUAAAAUUGGUGGAAAGCAUGGCUUCCCUAUGAAGCCCAGUGUCAAGAGAAGCACGGUACCAAAGCCAAGCACUGUGAAAAGCCGUCCUUGGGGGAACAGAGUUAGUGAUGGCUUCAUAGUAAUGGCAUCAAGAGCUCAAACUAAGGUGGAUGCUGGAUUAUUAUCAAGAAAAUCUGUUAAACCCACUGUGAAAGCUACGGCCACAUCUCAUAAUACUCGGACAAACACAAAACCGAAGCACAUGUUAACCACGAAGAAUUUGAGGUCCAAACCUGCUGAUUUAUCCAAGGGAGAGCAGGGCAAGAAUAUCCAUUCUCUUGUAUGCCAGGAAGAAGAACCAUCACUAGAGGAGGAUACUUCUGGUAGUACUGUCAUAUUAAGGAGAAAGUCUGAACGCAGGAAUUCAUACACGGGUUCAUUAGUGUCUAGUUCAAAGUUUCUAAAGAAGCAUAGCAGAGUUCCUUCUGAGGAAACUUUGCCUAGUAUCUAUGAUGACCGUAAUCAUCUUGAAGUUUGUGAGUAUGUCGAUGAUAUCUAUCAAUAUUAUUGGGUUAUGGAGGGUCAAAAUCCUCUUCUAAAGAACUACAUGGAAAAACAGAGAGAUAUUACACGACAAAUGCGUGGUAUACUGAUAAAUUGGCUUGUCGAGGUGCAUGUAAGAUUUGAUUUGAUGGAAGAAACUCUUUUCCUUACUGUUACCCUCUUGGAUCGGUACCUUUCCCUUGAGAGCAUCAGAAAAAAUGAAAUGCAGUUAGUCGGGCUUACUGCUCUCCUGUUGGCAUCUAAGUACGAAGACUUUUGGCACCCUCGGGUCACUGACUUAAUAAGCAUCUCAGCGGAGUCAUAUAGUAGGGAUGAAAUGCUUAAUAUGGAGAAGGCGAUCUUAAAGAAAUUAAAGUUCCGUCUUAAUGAGCCAACACCCUACGUCUUCAUGCUUAGGUUUCUCAAGGCUGCUCAGUCAGACGUGAAGUUUGAACACCUGGCUUUUUACCUGAUUGAGCUGUGCUUAGUCGAAUAUGAAGCUUUGAACUACAAGGCCUCGAUGCUGUGUGCUUCUGCUAUCUAUGUUGCACGAUGCACGAUGCAAAUGGCUCCCUACUGGACCCCACUCCUAGCAAAACAUGCACGAUAUGAAGAAUCUAAGAUCAGGGAUUGUGCGGAGAUGAUUCUGAAGUUUCACAAAGCUGCUAAAACAAGUCUUUUGAAAGUGACUUACGAGAAAUACUCGAAGCCCGAUUACAGCAGGGUCGCCACUAUAAAGCCGUUGAACAGGCUUCCUGCAUGA